ACCCUCUCCAUUUCAUGAACUUUUCUUAAUUUCUUUAUUUAUUGUUAGUUUAUUUGAAUUUUCCUCAGACUUCGUCGGUGAGAUUACAUUGAUUUUGUCGUUGUUGUGGUACUUGAAAAGGAUGGGAGGUGGAAAGGACAAGCAUGCACAAUAUCCUCCCGGAGGACAAUAUCCUCCGGGAGGCCAAUUUCCUCCUGGAGGUCAAUAUCCUCCGGGAGAGUAUGCUCCAGCACCCGGAGGAUACCCUCCUCAACAAGGGGGUUACCCUCCUCAGCAAGGGGGUUACCCUCCUCAACAAGGGUAUCCUCCAGCACAGGGAUAUCCGCCUGCAGGAUAUCCUCCCCAAGGAUAUCCACAGGCGGGUUAUCCUGGUCAACCCGCUCCACACCAUGGAGGACAUGGAAUGAUGGCGGGAUUAGCAGUUGCUGGCGUAGCAGCGGCUGGAGCAGCCGCGUAUGGUGCUCAUCAUAUGGGACACGGUGGAGGUCAUCACCCUGCACCAGGUACUGCUCAUUAUGGACAUUAUGAUCAUGGAAAGCAUGGCAAGGGGCAUGGCAAGUUUAAGCAAGGAAAGGGGAAAGGAAAACACAAAAAAGGCAAGAAUCAUGGAGGCAAAUUCAAGAAGUGGAAGUAACUAACUAGUUCAACUUCAUGAUAGGCAUGCAAUAAGUUAUCGCAUAUGAUCUCGGGAUAAUUGAUCCUGAAAUAACUUGUUCACACCCAAACAACCCCAUAGUUUUACGCGUGUGACCAAAAGGUCUUACAUAUUUAAGCUCAGUCUAGCUAUGAAAACAACCUCAUAUAGAAAUGUAUAGUAAGAUUGCAUAUUGUAUUUUACAUUUUGUUAGUAGAAAAAAAUUGUAAUUAUGUGUUGAAUUUGAUUGAGAAAACCUUUCUUUUGUAGGUUUGUGGCUUUUUUGAUGUAUAGUUAGGGGAUUCAUUA